UGGUCAUUUUUGGGGUCAAAAUCUGCAGAAAAUCCCAAAAGUGUCAUGAAAAGAUUUUUUAAAUUUAUGGUAUUCAUCAAAAAAUAGGAUAGUUGGAGAGCCAUAAUAUGAGGUUUAAGAGAAAUUGAAGUAAAAAUAGGUUGGCUAUGAGUAGAACAACAGGAGGAAAAAAGUAGUGAAAAAUUUACUGAAAAAUGACUAUUUUUAAAGUGGGUCUUAGAAAAUAAUGGCUGAAAAUUUUCAAAUUUUUGUUUAAUAGUUUUAGUAAUACAUAUAAAAAAAUAUUAGAAAAGUAAAAAAAAAAAAUUUAAAAACUAUAUUGCUAUGUAUAGUAAUGAUUUUUUCAAACAUCAGAAAAAAAGUGUACUACAUGUCAAAAACAGUGCUGCAACUUUUUCCCAACAAAUCCCAACAAAUUGGGACCAAAUCAGGUGAAAAGAGGAAAUAAAGACCUUUAAAAUGACACAUGAAGUUGUUGCGGGGAGUUGCGGGAGCUUAUUUUAUUGACUUUUAAAGUUCGCGCAAGCAUGUGUGCGCGUGCGAUCGUAAUUGUCGGCGAGCGUAAAAAUUCGAAAUUGUUUAUCGUGCGCCAAAUUUUUGGAAGUUCUGUAACUCGGCCAUUUUUUAAUGGAUUUUUAUGAUUGAUACCUCAAAAUUUAUGUCUUUGAAAGACCUUUCAUGCUGGUGUCAUUAAACUUGAAGAAAAAGGCCACAAAAUUCCUGAACAAUGGUAAGAUUUGAUUUUUUUCUCCUAAGAGAAACUAAAUCCCUGUGACACUAAUGAGGCUUCUUUCAAUGUUUUAUAUUGAUGUUUCUUAAUCUUAUUACAAUUUAUGUUUUAGAAAAUUACAUAUCUUGACUUGUGUCAUGAGAUGAAGAAUAAUUCAACCAAAGAGCAUGGAUUUGCUGACAUCCCUUAUCAAACAGAAAUUGUGAAGAGAUUCAUCUUGAAGCAGCUCAACUUUAUAGAAGGAGAUCUGGAUUCUGAGGUUCAAGCAGAGAUUGAAAGUGAUGUGAACUCAUUUUUGGCUGGUGUUACCAGGCUAUAUAGAAUAAAACACCACAGAAACUACAGAAGAUUUGUUGAAAAUGAAGCAACCUUUUUGAAAAAGCUCUUCAACAUUCCAGAAACACUUCUGAGGACACCAUCAAAGACUGCAGCAUCUAGGUAUAUUUAAAGGGUUGUCAAAGAAAUAGCAGUUUUUUGUCAGUAACUUAAUGCACAAAAGUUAAGACUAAUUCAAUUUCUACAGAAACUUAGUAUAUAUCAUAAUGUUUAUUUAAUAGAAAUUUGUCUGUUUACUUCAUAUUAGACUACUUGAAUAUAAAGAGCUAAUGUUUUUAUAGCUCCCUUGAGUUCAACUCCCUCAAAAAACGUGGUCGUCCUCCAAUCCCAUUUGAGGAGAAGUCAACGCGGUCAAAAUUGGUAGUAAGCGCAGAGAUCAGAAACACCUAUGAUGAUGGAGCAAUCAUGCUUGCUGCAUCUCAACAAAAGUCAACUCUUGGGAAGCUCAUUCGCAGAGCUAACAGUCAAAAUGGAACAACUGCUCAAAAAGCCCUCAAUGCCAUAACUGAGGGCAAGAAGGAGAGUGUUCCUAAAAUGCCUGCCUUUGUUGCUCUUUCCUUUGUACUCACAAAGCAUGUUUCAAAAGACAUGUAUGUUGAAAUGAAAAAGCUCAGUACGGAGUGGCAAGGCAACAUAUGGCCAAACUACAACAAGGUAAUUGUGAUGAAAGUUAACUAUUGUUUAAUUCAGUUAAACAAAGCCUUAAAUAAAGACCAUUUUACACAUCACAUGUUUAUGCAUUAAUGGAAGAGUUUUCUCAACUAUUUUGUUCUGUAUGCAUACAUAAAUAUAGGGCACUACACAGAGUAAAUGUUUCCAAAUGUUUAAAAAAUUAGACUAACAGUUCAAGUUUUAACCAAUUUAAAGAAAAUCACUAGGCUUAUUUCUGUAGAAAAUAAUUUUGAAUAUUUUUUUAGGUCUUGGCUGCCAAGUUUGAUUGUAGACCAGUUGGAUGUGAUCUUUCAUCAACCAGUGGACAGAUACCUCUUCAAAAUCUGCUCGAGCACACAGCCAAAAGGAUCUUUCUAGAAGAUGCUGAACAAAUUACAAUAAUUCAAGCGUUGGCUCAAAAAAAGCAGACACCCAUCCGGCUCAGGUUUUACUUCAAAUUUGGCUUUGAUGGAGUUGGAUCUUUUCCCACCUUCAUGCAAAAAGUAGAUAGUGAAGUCCCAGAUGGAUCAACAUAUCUUGUCAGCCAGAUGGUCCCAUUACAAGCAGAAGUUGAAGAUGAUGACACCAUUGUACAAAAACCCUCACCCAAACUCUGCUUCUUCAUGUCGGCCAAUUCGAAUUGCAAUUGAGAGAGAGAACAAGUUCUCAAUCCAGAGAGAAGCUUCAAGGUUGAUGAAAGAAGUUGAAGAACUGACAGAAUUCUCACUUCUAUCUGAUCCUCAAGUAAUUGUGACUUUCAAGGGUUUGUUGACCAUGGUUCAUGGCAAAGUUUUGAAUGAACUUACAUCAAAUCCUGCAUCUUCUAAUUGCCCCAUCUGCCAUGCCAAACCAAAGGAGAUGAAUAAUCCCAAGGGUGUCUUUACACCUAAACCUGGCACAUUGAAUUUUGGCCUAAGCAUCUUGCACUUUGGCUUGCGGAGUUUUGAUACAAUUUGCAACAUUGGAUAUCGCCAAGAUGUCAAAAAGUUCCAUCUUCAUAUGAGCCCUGAUGAAAAAAGACUGGUUGCAAAUCGGGAGACACGAGUCAAGCAAGAAUUUCGGGAGCAGCUGGGUAUAAUUGUUGACCAGAGGCGGGAUGGAGGUGCUGGCACUACAACAACAGGAAAUGUUGCUCGCAAAGCUUUUCAAAACCCAGAAAUUGUUGCAAGAAUCUGUGAUGUCCCUGUCAAACUGGUUGAAAAUCUUGGAACACUCUGGUCUGCCCUUGCAUCUGGAUAUGCCAUUGAUCCAGACAAGUUUGGAGUUCUGUGUGAAGAGACUGAGAAGAUUUAUUUUGACCAUGUAAAAUGGUACUGGUUGUCCCCAAUAAUUCACAAGGUUCUGAAACAUGGAAAACAAAUCAUUGAAGCUUGUGUUCUUCCAAUUGGAAUGACCAAUGAGGAACCAGGAGAGGCUAACAACAAAUUUCUUCAAAAAAUCCGUCUUUAUCAUGCUCGAAAAUCAUCCUGGCUCAAUGGCAUAUCUGACCUUUUCUUGAGACUGAUGGACAUCAGUGAUCCAAAGAUACAGGCUUAUGUCCACUGCAAGAAAAAGAAGCACAACUCAGAGAUCUUGCCUGAACCCAUCAAGAAACUCUUGAAGAUGCCGGAACUUCAAAUUUCUAGAGAUGCCUCUGAUUCAGAAGAAGAAUAAAGAAGUCAAACAAAGCAACCAAAGCCUCUCAUAAAAAUUAAAAAAAUUCUCAUACAUUCCCAA